UCGUAAUUCAACCACAACGUUAAAAUGUCAGGAGGUUUAGACGUAUUGGCCCUCAAGGAGGACGAUGUCACCAAAAUGUUGGCUGCUGGCACCCACCUGGGUGCCGAAAACGUCAACUUCCAAAUGGAGCAGUACGUCUAUAAGAAGAGAGUCGAUGGUGCUGGUGUAAAUGUCAUCAAUCUUCGCCACACCUGGGAGAAGCUGCUACUCGCGGCUCGUGCCAUCGUCGCCAUCGAACACCCCAGUGAAGUUUUUGUCAUCAGCUGUCGUCAUUCGGGCCAAAGAGCUGUGCUGAAAUUUGCGGCUCACACCGGUGCCACCCCUAUCGCCGGACGUUUCACCCCAGGUGCAUUCACCAAUCAAAUCCAGGCUGCCUUCCGUGAACCACGCUUGUUGAUCGUCACGGAUCCGUCCACCGACCAUCAGCCCAUCACCGAGGCGAGCUAUGUAAAUAUCCCAGUUAUCGCAUUCUGCAACACCGACUCGCCGCUGCGUUUCGUAGACAUUGCGAUUCCUUGCAACACCAAGAGUCUGCACACAGUUGGUUUAAUGUGGUGGCUGCUCGCCAGGGAAGUGCUGCGCCUAAGGGGAUCUAUUCCACGUGAGACUAAGUGGGACGUGGUGGUCGAUCUCUUCUUCUACAGAGAUCCCGAGGAGGCAGAGAAAGAAGAACAGGCUGCGAAGGAGAUCGCGCCGCCGCCGAAGGAAUUCACGGGUCCGGUGGAGACUGCUCCUGCUCCGGAGCCCGGCUGGGUGAACGAGGUCGAGACGACCGCAGUGCCCACCGAGAACUGGGCCGAUGACGUAGCACCGCCGGCAGCCGCUCCUAUUCCCCCAGUGGCCGGUGCCACGCAGCCAUUCCAACCCAGCGGUGAUUGGGCUGCCCAGCCUCCGGAGGAGUGGUCGACACCCGUCGCACCUCCAGCCGCUCAAAGCUGGGGAGGUGCAACCACCGAAAAGUGGUGAUUUUAUGCUUACCGACAUCUCAAGGACAACAUGUACUUUGUACAAUGUCUGUAACAGGACCAUUUGAAACAAA